AUGAGGAGAUCAAGGAACAUUUUAAGCUUCGGCUUAAUUCUGUUGCAUACCCUUUAUGUAAGUUUGACCUCGGCCGAUCUCCCUAUGCAUGUAGAGAUUAAGAAUUUGGUGGGAAAAUGGAAAAUUCAGAGGACACAGACAUCUCCAAAGAUAACCACCUGUGGAUCCAGCCAACCGAACAGCAACAUUUAUAAUGUAAAAAUUACAGACUAUAAAAAGUACCUCCUAGACAACCACUACAAAUUUACCUCUGACAUGUAUGUCAUUUUAUCUGAUGACUUUGUAUCCUAUGGUGACAUGCAUGACACGACUGGAAAUGAACACCGAAAGAAUUGGAAGGUACUAGUUGUGUAUGAUGAGCAUAAGAGGAAGAUAGGUACAUGGACUACGGUAUGCGAUGAGGGAUUUGAAAUUAGAUUAGGAAAUGAAACAUACACUGGUCUUAUGCAUUAUGAGCCAACUGGAAAAUGUGCAGAAGUGAAAGAGGAUGACCAGACCGAUACUAAUGGAGAGACAGAUUGCUACGUCACGAAUUUUAACAAGAUCAGAUUCGGUUGGGUAGAUAUAACAAAACCAAAGGGUGAGAAAUUAUAUGGUUGUUUCUAUGCGGAGAGGUAUCACUUACCAGGUGAGCCUGUCGUGGUAGCAGAUACACAGAAUACCUUCCCCAAGGAAACAGGUAUUAACAGCCACCUGCAUAUGAACCACUUUUAUUACCCAUCUCUCUCCACUGCUACGUCAAGCAGUAAGGAUAAGCCCACCUUUACGACGAGAAAAGAUAUGAACAUUAAUAAGAACAGUGAAUUGUACUGGCAUAAGAUGAAACACUUUGGAAAGAAGAAACCUCUAACCAGAGCGACUAUGAUGGCUGCGAAGCAAAAGUAUGCUUGCCCAUGUAACAAAGAUGAGCAUGUACAGGAUGAAAUAAACGAUGGAGGUAAUCCUCCAGACCAGCCUGUGUCCCCUGUAUCGUUAGUACAAAUGAAAAUUAAAAGUGGAGACAGCGGAACGAAUGAAAUGGACUUGGUAAAUUAUGAAGACACAGAAAAGUCCCCCCACAGAGAAUUAGAUAUUGACGAAUUGCCAAAGAACUUCACCUGGGGAGAUCCAUUUAACAACAACACAAGAGAGUACGACGUGACUAACCAGUUGUCAUGUGGCUCGUGCUAUAUUGCUUCCCAGAUGUAUGUGUUUAAGAGAAGAAUUGAAAUUGGCUUGACCAAAAAUUUGAACAAAAAAUACCUGAACAAUUUCGAUGACGUCUUGUCCAUACAAACAGUCCUUUCAUGCUCCUUCUAUGACCAAGGAUGCAAUGGAGGCUAUCCUUUCCUGGUUUCUAAAAUGGCCAAGUUACAAGGUAUACCCCUAGAUAAGGCAUUCCCUUACACAGCCACGACGCAGACCUGUCCGUACAAAGUAGAGCAAACUGGUUUAGUAACCCCUGCUCCUGGAACCAACCCAGCCAAGACGCAAACGAAGAAUCUGAGACAAAUAAAUGCAGUUAUAUUUUCCCACCCAGCAACCACUGAUAUGCAUAAUAAUUAUGAAAAAAAUACAAGUGAUGACCCAGAGAGAUGGUAUGCAAAGGACUACAACUACAUUGGAGGUUGUUACGGAUGCAACCAGUGUAAUGGAGAAAAGAUAAUGAUGAACGAGAUGUACAGAAAUGGACCUAUCGUUGCUUCGUUGGAAGUGACUCCUGACUUUUAUGAAUAUGCUGAUGGUGUGUAUUAUGUGAAGGACUUCCCUCAUGCAAAGAAAUGUACUGUGGAUGUUACCAAGAGAAAUUACGAGUAUAACAUCACAGGAUGGGAGAAGGUCAACCACGCCAUUGUGCUAGUCGGAUGGGGAGAGGAAGAAAUCGAUGGCACUUUGUACAAAUACUGGAUUGGCAGAAACAGUUGGGGCAAGAACUGGGGAAAAGAGGGAUACUUUAAGGUAAUGCGAGGUGUCAACUUUAGCGCUAUAGAAAGCCAGGCCCUCUUCAUCGAGCCAGACUUUACGCGAGGCGCGGGUAAGAUCCUCUACGAGAAACUCAAAAAUGAGUAG